CAUCUCCAGAAGGCAACUCCGUAUCCAACAGGACAGGACGCCCACAGUGUUUUAGUAUUUCCUUGGGCGCUAUUAAUGACAUUCCACUAUUGGCUUAUUUCUUGAUUUAAUAUAACCUCACCAAGUUCCGACCUUUGUAUCUGUGAAGAGAUCUCCCCACUCUCCUUUGACUAAUCUUGGAUUCAAAGUCCGUGGACGGCCCUCUCUGCUGAAUCGGGCACCUCUCUUUCUCCCCCCUUUCACUCCCGAGACAUACGGAGGAGGAGAGGAGAGAGGUUCCACGCCUAAGCAAGAGGGUCUCCAUAGCGAGAUUGAGACUUGUAGAGGUAAGGGUAAGAGGGCUUUUACGUGUUCGUAGAGAGGAAACCAGAGUGCCCAUCAAUUCGGGAGAUCCUCUUUACGUCGAUCGAUGAAAGAGCGCGCUUCAUAGGGCGUCUUUGGUCUUUGGGUAGCAUUGCUUUUCUAUUGAACUAAACCCAAAGGUUAUAGUAACUUAAAGGUUUGGGGAGGAAGACUGAUCCAGUAAGGGAUGGUUCUUGACAAUGUAUUAUCUUCGCCUCACAGGAGGUCCCCAUCAUUCAGGAGGCAGUUCCAGCGAGACGAGUUGGGCAGCUGGUCAACUCUCAUUCAGAGGCAUCGGUUCCUCUUGACAGCACUUGCACUGUUGACUUUCCUCUGCACUAUUUAUCUCUACUUUGCCAUCACUUUGGGGGCUUCUGGGUCAUGUUCCGGGUUAACGGGCGCCCAAAGAGCACAAUGCCAUCUCCAGAUGGCCAAGAAUUCUGUUUCCAAGGGCAAACUGAAGUUUCUUUGAUAUUGAUUGUGAAAGAUUGGCUGGAUAUAUUUCCCUAUUAUUGGUUUUGGCGAGUUCUCGGUCUCAAAGGGCUUGUGAUUUGAAAUAUAGUAUUUUUGUAUCCACAUUCAACUUAGAAUUUGGAAUUUGGUCAUAUGUAGAAAUAGCUGAAAUAGAUUCUCAAGAAAUGCUAAGUUCCAGCUAAUGUAAUUUAAUUUUGAGUCUCAUGUUAAUUCAUCUUCUUCUGGAAACUCUGAUAUUGGAUCUUUGCCAGUUGCUGGGCGUAGUGAGGAACAUCUGUAAUUGGAAUCCUUACAGUUUGGUGUACU